CCAUUUGACGGUAUUGAGACUGCGCAAUAUCAAUAUCACGAAGUGACAGAGGACUUGGUAUUAAUGUCGGCUCUGUAAUACUUUAUGAAUUUCUGGAACUCUACGCGCCAUGCGGCGAAGUAAGGCCGAAGUAGACCGUUACGUAUCCUCGGUCCAGAGCUCCUCGCCCUCACUUAAAGAGAAACCAGUCAAAGGGUUUUUAUUUGCGAAAUUGUAUUUUGAAGCAAAGGAAUAUGAUCUUGCCAAAAGGCAUGUAUCGGAGUAUCUCAAAGUCCAGGAGAGAGAUCCCAAAGCUCACAAAUUCCUUGGACAGCUGUAUGAGAGAGAAGGAGACGUCAACAAGGCUGUAGGAUGCUACAAGCGCUCAGUGGACUUGAACCCGGCCCAGAGGGACCUGGUGCUGAAGGUGGCGGAGUUACUGGUCAGUAAGGAGGAAUGUGACAGCAGAGCAGAGUUUUGGGUGGAUAGAGCUGCAAAGGCGUUGCCAGGGAACCCAGCGGUCUUCAACCUGAAGGAGCGUCUCCUGAGUCGUCAGGGUCAGCAGGGCUGGAACCGGUUGUUCGACCUCCUUCAGACCGAACUGGCAGCACGACCAGCUGACGCCCACGUGAAUGUGAAGCUGGUUCAGCUGUUUUGUCAGGAUGGCCGGCUGGAUCAGGCUGUUAAACACUGCCUGGCUACUGAGAAGAGGGGCUUGCUGCGCCACAGUCUGGACUGGUACACUGUGGUGGUGCAGACACUGCAGGAAUAUUUGGCUCAGCCCAGCAUCUCCAGCAAUGAGAAGGCGUGUCGACACCUCCAGAAAGAGCUGCUGUUGGCUCGGUGCAGCCUGAUGCGAAUCACACUCUCCCAGAGCAGUGUGCAAAACAGCCUAGAUGCUCUCAGAAAUUUUGACCAAGCUAUGCAGACGCUGAGCAGCGUCGCCGGCCGCCAUGCAGACGACCUUUAUGAGGUGUUUUUGGAGAUGAGAGGUCACCUCUAUCUGCACGCCGCCACACUGCUGCUGAAAAUGGCCCAGGAUCGCCAACAGACCUGGAGGGCCGUCACUGAUCUGUCUGCUCUGUGCUACCUGCUGGCAUACCAGGUUCCCAGACCAAAGGCGAAAGGGACCAAAAGGGACCAGUCAGCCCCACAGCUCCUGGAGCUCCUGGCCAAUGACCGACAGAGUCAGGCUGGACACAUGUUGCUCAAUCUGAGCCCUGAUGCAUCAACAUUAAUCGGACAGGUGGUGGAGGUCUUUGGGAAUCGUAGUGGUCAGGACUCUCUGUUUGAACUCUUGUGGGGUACACAAGCCUCCACUGCGUCUUCCUUUAUUGCCAAUGAUGACAUACACUCCAUUAGAUCCAUAGCUCCUGAGAUCUCUCAUCUGGCCAAAUGUGACACAGGCGCCAUCCUGCUGCACAAUGGCGAGUUACAGCAUCUGAGCUGGUUGGGCCUACAGUGGGCCCUCUCUGGCCAAAGACCGGCGCUCCGGGACUGGCUGCAGCAACUCUUUCCCAGGCUGAUGCUGGGAACCUCCAAACUAGACACCAAUGCACCAGAAUCUAUAUGCCUGUUGGACCUGGAGGUGUUUCUGUGUGGUGUGGUGUUCUGUAGCCACUGUCAGCUCCAGGAGACGGCAAAGAUCAGCAGUGGAGUGAAUCAGCAGCAGCAGCAGCAGCAGCAGCAGCUCUAUGAGCCUCGUUGCCUCCCUCUUCCUCUCCUCCGCCUCUUGACCACUGACAGGCAGAGGGAGUGGUGGGAUGCCAUCUACAGCCUCAUUCACAAACGAGCAGCUCCAGGCAUGUCGGCCAAGCUGCGGAUGAUUGUGCAGCAUGGGCUGAGCACUCUGAGGGCUGGAGAGAAACACGGGCUUCAACCAGCGAUGGCCAUCCACUGGGCUCAAAGUCUCAGCCAGACAGGUGAUGGAGUGAACUCGUACUAUGACCAGAAGGAGUACAUCGGCCGCAGUGUGCACUACUGGAAAGUUGUCCUCCCACUGUUGGAGAAGAUCAGAAACAGACGCAGUAUACCAGAACCCCUCGAACCCCUCUUUAUACACUUUCCUUCCAAAGAUAUUCAGGUUUCUUCUGUGAAAGGUUAUGAAGAGGAAGCCAAAAUAGCUUAUGCAGCUCUUCUUGACAUUGAAGGUAGAACAGAGGAGGCCAUCGCUACCCUGGAAACCAUCAAUAACAUGUCUUCCGCCUGGCAUUUAGCUCAGAUCUAUCAGCGGCUGUCAGAGGAGGCCAGCAAUGGGGUUGAGGAGACUCAAGAUAGAUGCAUCACUUUUCUGAGAAAAUUCAGGACAUACUUGUCUAAGAUCUACAAUGCCAAUGCAGAUGACAUUGACAAGCUGCCUGUUUCCAUGGAGGAGGUCGUGGACCUUCUGAAUGAUGUAAACCAGCAGCUGGGGGAUACUGAGGAGGCCAUGGAUGAAGAGGACGAGAAGGAGGAGGAGCAGCAUCGAAGGGGACCCACCCACUCAAGCCCUGCUCAUCCCACAGAAACCAGUGCAACAAUAUCCCACAUUAAGUUUUCCACUCCUUCUCCCAACAAAAGCAUUGUAUCUCCUUCCAAACGACUGAUUUCUCCCAAGUCAGCACCUCAUUGGGCAGAGGACCAGAAAAGUCUCCUUCAGAUGCUGUGCCAGCAAGUAGAAGCCCUCAAGAAUGAGGUUCACGACCUGAGACACAACUCAUCAGGGAAUGUAGGCUCUCCUCGUCAUAAGAUGUAUGGCGAGACCUAUGGAGCAGAAGGCCUGCAGGAACCUUUUACCCCAGUCCAGUCCUACCAUGGGGCCCCUCUAACUGUUGCCACAACAGGCCCCUCUGUGUUCUACAACCAGUCUCCAGCUUAUGUAACUCCCACCAAGGGCCCAAUGUACAGUGUGAACCGUAUUCCACCUCAACAGCAUAUGUAUGCCUACCAGCCGCCCACUCACACACCUCCAUUGCAAACAGCCGCACCCUGUAUCUACCCUCCACAAGAGCAAGUCUUUGGUGCCCCUCUGCGGUUUGAAUCACCAGCCACGAGUCUUCUUUCCCCAUAUAGUGAAGAAUAUUAUGGCCAGAGCGUUACCCAACAAACUACAAACCCUCCCCUACCUGAACCUGGCUACUUCACUAAGCCAUCUAUAGUCCCUGUUCAGCCCCCAAAAGGCAAUGAGGGAAACCCUAUGGAGUUUGGGAAGCUCUCGUUUAGCCAGCAGGCCCCUGCUGAAGUCCCCAGGGUGCCUAGUUUUGGAGCAGGGGCAGUGGCCCAUUCUACACCUUCAGCUGCUCUUAAAUUCAACUCCAACUUUAAAUCCAAUGAUGGGGAUUUCACUUUCUCUGCUUCCCAAACCAGACAUAGUGAAAGUUUGCUUGGCCUUUUGACAUCUGACAUGCCUGCUAAAACAGAUCCUUUUUCAGAGAAGCUUCCAGCUCAGGACCAGUCCCCCAGCAAACCAGGCAUCUUCACCUUUGGCAAUAAAAGUGUUGCUAACUGCUCAGUUGAUUCAUCUCAGAGCACAGCCACUGGAAGUCUGUUUGGAAAGGUGGAGCAGCCUUUUAAAUUUGGGGAUAUUGCCAAGCCAGUGUUUGGGUUGGUCUCGUCUGCACCAGAGCAGGAAAAAGCAGUUGAGAGCGACAAUGACAGCACUCAUGUUGAGGAAGAUGAAGAUGGGCCUCACUUUGAACCCAUUGUGCCUCUUCCUGACAAAGUAGAUGUAAAAACAGGUGAGGAGGAAGAGGAAGAAAUGUUUUGCAACAGGGCAAAGUUGUAUCGAUUCGACACAGAGACAAAAGAGUGGAAGGAACGUGGUAUUGGCAAUGUUAAAAUCUUGAAACACAAUACUAAAGGAAAGGUUCGUCUCCUAAUGAGAAGGGAGCAGGUACUUAAAAUCUGUGCAAACCACUACAUCACUGGUGAUAUGUUAUUGAAACCCAAUGCAGCCUCUGAUAAAUCCUGGGUAUGGAAUGCCAUUGAUUAUGCAGAUGAAGAGCCUAAGCCCGAACAGCUGGCCAUCCGGUUCAAAACUGUAGAUGAGGCAUCACUUUUCAAAGCAAAGUUUGAGGAAGCACAGAAAAUUGUAUUCAAAACACCAGAAAAGCACAAUCAGCCGGAGAAGAAGGAAGAAAGCUUUAAAGGUUCUGAAUCACUGGCAGCCCAGUUUGCACUUAAAGAAGGAGAAUGGGAGUGCAGUGUGUGCUGUAUAAGAAAUAAACCCACAGAUAUGCAGUGUGUUGCAUGUCAACAUGCCAAUCCCAAGGCUACUUCAAAACCAGACAUUCAGGCCACUGGUGAAACCAAAGUCAGUCCAUUUACUUUCAAAUUUGGUACUGAUUCAUCAAAACCAAGUAGUUCUACCACUGCAUUUACUGGAUUUGGUGCUUUUGCAGCUUCUGCCCCCUCCGUACCCUCUUCAUUUACAUUUGGGUUCAACUCUUCAAAACCUGCUGACAUGGUACCCAGUACCUUUGGUUUUGGCUUUGGGGCCGGGUUUUCAAAAAAAACAGAACAGUGGGUCUGUGAGGCAUGUUCCACAAGAAAUGAAUCCUCGUCAGACACUUGUGCUUCUUGUAAAGCUUUUAAAGCCCCAGUUAAAACAACUGCACCUACACCAGCUGCAGACCCACCUGCUUUGCAGCCUGCUACAUCUGACUCUGGAUUGGCCCAGUUUAGCAAGAAGCCUGGGCAGUGGGAUUGUGAUGUAUGCGAAGUAAGAAAUGAAGCAUCUUCUGAUAAAUGCGUCGCCUGUAAUAGCUUGAAUCCUGCUGCUAAAUCAAAAGACGUAGCUGUAGCGGCACCAAAACUGCCAGCAUUAUCAGGAGUUGGGCAGUGGGACUGCAAUGCCUGCCUGGUCAGAAAUGACGCAUCAGCAGCCAAAUGUGUUUCCUGUGGAGAACCCAAUGAGAAUCCGUCUUUGGAGGCACUGUUUGGCAAGAAGGAUGGAGAAUGGGAUUGUGACGCUUGUCUGGUGAGAAAUAAGGCCUCUGCCAGUAAAUGUGUAUCCUGUCAAACGCCAAAUCCCGAUGCUAAAAGCAUAAGCAGCAGGGGUUCUUCAGCCUCAGCUUCCAACUUCAACUUUAGCUUUGGAACUUCUUCAAAUCAGCCUGCUAACACUGGAUUUACGAUGCCAUUUGGAAGUGGCAGCGCUUUUCAGUUUGGUCAAAACAAAGAAAAAAAGGAAGCCUCUUCUUUUAAGUUUGAAGCUCCUCAGUCUGGAUCUAGUGCCACUAGUUCCUCAGGCUUCUCGUUUUCAAUGCCCAUUCCAGCUGGUGGCUUCAAGUUUGGCAUUGAGGACUCUGCAAAAGAAACCCCCUCAGCCAGUAAUCAACCAGCAUCGGGAUCAGCCUCCAGUUUUCUUAAAAGCAUAGCUGACAAACACAAGGAGACAGAAAAUGCAUCUAUGCCCUCAGAGAGCCAAACAGAACAAGAUCAGAAUCCAUUGAUUGCUGGAAAAGACGAUUCUUUCAGUUUUGCAGACUUGGCAAAAUCGACUGGAGGGGACUUCCAGUUUGGUCAGAGUGAUCCCGACUUCAAAGGUUUCUCUGGGGCUGGUCAGCAAGUGUUCUCAUCAAUCCUGGCAACCCCGACCAAGAAUGACACCUUAAAUGAGGACGAGGAUGAUAUGUACAAAACUGAGGAAAAUGAUGAUAUCCAGUUUGAACCAGUGGUGCAGAUGCCUGACAAGGUGGACCUGGUAACAGGAGAGGAGGAUGAACAGGUUCUUUAUUCUCAGCGAGUAAAAUUGUUCAGAUUCGACACCAGCACCAGUCAGUGGAAAGAGCGCGGUGUGGGAAACCUGAAAUUCCUGAAAAACACUACCAAUGGUCGGCUAAGAGUGCUGAUGAGAAGAGAACAGGUUCUGAAGGUGUGCGCCAACCACUGGAUCACCACCACAAUGAACCUUAAACCACUGUCUGGCUCAGACAAAGCGUGGAUUUGGAUGGCCAAUGACUUCUCUGAUGGAGAUGCCAAACUAGAACAGUUGGCUGCCAAAUUUAAAAGCCCCGAGCUUGCUGAGGAGUUUAAAGAAAAGUUUGAAGAGUGCCAGAGACUUCUCUUAGAUAUCCCCUUACAAACACCCCACAAGCUGGUUGACACAGGAAGAACAGCACACCUCAUUAAGAAAGCAGAGGAAAUGAAGUCUGGUUUGAAAGACUUAAGAUCCUUCUUGACAGAUGAGAAAACUAAGAUCAAAGACGAUGACACCCAAGGAGACAAUACAACAUCCAGUGAUGUGUCAAGUCUUGUUAUCAAGUCUCAUGCUGAAACAACUGGCCCCAACUUGGAGUGGGAUAACUAUGACCUCCGAGGAGACCCUUUAGAUGAAACUACUGACUCAUCCAUCUAUGCCUCCCCCAUUGCCAGCAGCCCCCUGAGAAAGAACCUUUUCCGUUUUGGGGAAUCCACCGGCGGGUUCAGUUUCAGCUUCCAACCUGGCAUCAGCCCAUCCAAAUCACCUGCCAAGCUUAACCAGAGCAGAGCCUCAGUGGGUACUGAUGAUGAGCAGGAUGUGACCCAGGAUGAAGAGCGGGAUGGCCAGUACUUUGAACCUGUGGUCCCCUUGCCAGAUUUGGUGGAGAUCUCCACUGGAGAAGAAAAUGAACAAGUAGUGUUCAGUCACAGAGCAAAACUGUAUCGCUAUGAUAAAGAACUGGGACAGUGGAAGGAGAGGGGUAUUGGUGACCUCAAGAUCCUGCAGAAUUACGAUACCAAGCGAGUGAGGUUGAUUAUGAGACGAGACCAGGUGCUUAAGAUCUGUGCCAACCACUGGAUCACAGCCCCCAUGAAGCUGGAACCUAUGAAGGGUGCAGAGAAGGCUUGGGUCUGGAGUGCCAUGGACUUUGCUGAAGUAGGAGAGGGUAAUAUUGAGCAGCUGGCUGUGAGAUUCAAGCUGCAGGACACUGCGAAUACAUUCAAACAAGUCUUCGAUGAGGCCAAAGUUGCACAAGAAAAGGAAGAGCUCAUGAUUCCAGUGACACCUACAGUUGUCGUACCACAAGAUGGUGGAACUUCAGGACCAGCAAAGGUUGUUACACCUACAGUAUGUGGGAAGGCAGCCAUUGCUGUUUUGGAAGAGACAACGAAGGAACGCACAGAGCUUUCUCCUGACACUAGACCAUGUCCAGCUGGGUCUCCAAGUCCAGUCAGUCCACCAAAGAGUGUGGUGUCUCCCCCAAAGUUUGUCUUUGGCACUGAUACCGUUCACAAGAUUUUUGGCAGUCCUAAAUCUGCUGAGGAGCCUGCAUCUGGUUUGAAAGCCAAAGGGUCAGGAGGCCCUGCCAAGACCUCACCUGCAGCUCCUGCCUUUAAAAUCCCGGAGAAAGGGCUGGAUUUUAGGCUUUUCAAAGAUAACCCAAUGGCUUUUUGGACCAGCACAUCAACCACCCAAUUUGAAUCCCCAGGGUCUUCCCAGGCAGAAGGGGGCAGUGCAGGGUCAGAUGACGAUGAUGAUGUGGUGGUUGUGUAUGUCAGGGAACCCACUGCUGAACAGGCGGCUCUAGCCAAAAAACUCCAGCUGCCUCUCACCUUCUUCUGCUACCAGAAUGACCCGGGCUACACCAGCGACGAUCAAACUGACGAUGAAGACUACGAAUCUGCAGUGAAAGCCUUGAAUGGAAAGCUCUACCCCGACCCUCCUGAGAAAAAAGCUGCGGCUUGUGGUGAUGAGCCAGACUGCCAGGUGGUGUGGGAGAAGAAGCCAACACCAGAGGAGGAGGAGAAGGCCAAGAGCCUCCAGCUUCCACCCACCUUCUUCUGUGGACUGAGCACCACAGAUAGCGACCCUGACCACGACAAGCCUGAAGACUUUGACACGGAAGUCCGCAAAGCACAUCAAGUCUUGGCUGCCCAGUUAAACACAGCUGACCAGGCCUCCAUCAGCCCUGACCAGGCCUCCAUCAGCCCUGACCAGGCCUCCAUCAGCCCUGCCCAGGCCCCGGCAGAGCCAUCAGGCUCAUCAUCUAGUGGUGCAGACUCCUCGGCCAGCACCUCUGUGCCAGACCAGCAGAUUUCAGACCAGCCAACUGAGUCUCUGAGUGAAGCUCGUCCCAGCAGUGCUCCCAUUGACCUGUCCACUAAGAAGAGCCCGGCAACAGAGUCCGACGUUGGGACUGACACCUCAGCGCCUGCUUCUACUACAACUAGUCAACAAGGCACCGACUCUUCUGGCUUCGGCUUCAGCUCGUUAGGAGGCUUUUCUUUUGCUGACCUGGCCCAGUCCACAGAAGGAUAUGCAUUUGGAUCAAAAGAUUCUAAUUUCUCGUGGGCUAAUGCUGGAGCGUCAGUAUUUGGGUCAAUGGCGUCUGCUGCACCAAAGAACGAUGAGGAGGGAAGUGAUGAAGAAGAGGCUCCUAAUAAUGUGGACAUUCACUUUGAGCCUAUCGUGUCACUACCUGAGGUGGAGACAAAGUCUGGAGAGGAGGAUGAGGAGAUCCUGUUUAAGGAGCGCACCAAGCUGUACCGGUGGGACCGGGACCUCAGUCAGUGGAAGGAGCGAGGCAUCGGAGACAUCAAGAUCCUCUACCACCCAGCCAAACGUUUCUAUCGAAUCCUGAUGAGGAGAGAGCAGGUGCUGAGGGUGUGUGCCAACCACACCAUCACCCAGGCCAUGGAGCUUAAACCCAUGAACGCCUCGGCCAACGCUCUCAUUUGGACUGCCACUGACUACUCAGACGGGGAUGGUGUAGUGGAGCAGCUGGCAGCCAAGUUCAAAACCCCUGAGAUAGCUGAAUCCUUCAAGAAGACCUUCUGCGAGUGUCAGAGCCGCAUGGGCCAGACCGACGAUUCAUGCCUCUCCUCACCACACAUGUCCAGAGUUCAGGAGCACUCCAGAGACAGUAACCCGCGGGUGUUCCUCGCCGUGGCAGCUGAUGGCCAGCCGCUGGGUACUGUUACUAUAGAGCUGUUCUCCCAUAUUGUCCCCAAGACUGCAGAGAACUUCCGGGCUCUCUGUACUGGUGAGAAAGGAUUCGGGCUGCGGGACUCUAUCUUCCAUCGGGUCAUACCAGAGUUCAUGUGUCAGGGUGGUGACAUUACCAAGAGUGAUGGCACAGGAGGCAAGUCCAUCUAUGGCACGGAGUUCGAGGAUGAGAACUUUGACGUUCGGCACACGGGCCCAGGCAUCCUGUCAAUGGCCAAUCGGGGUCGCGACACCAACAACUCUCAGUUCUUCAUAACCCUGAAGAAAGCCGAACACCUGGACUUCAAACACGUGGCUUUCGGCUGGGUCUGCGACGGAAUGGACGUGGUGCAACAGAUGGGAGAGCUGGGCACAAAGGGUGGUCACCCCACAAAGAAGCUUGUCAUCACAGACUGUGGACUGUUGUAGCUUUUUAAAUAUGACGAUCAAGCUUCCCAGCUUGGUUGAGGUUACUAGGGCCAACAAAGAUAACAGCGUGUUCCUUGUGCAGUGCAUACCCUCCUGCUAAAAGCAAAUCCUUAGUCUUUAGGCAUUGAUCAUAAGACUUAUUAUAUCCUAUAGGAUCACUGCGACCUGUCCCCAGUCAAGCUGGAGUUUAUAAUUAUCUCACCAUUAGAUAAUGUGUCACCGAGGGGAAGCAUGGUGUAGUAGUAUGUGGGAGGAGGCUCUUGCACUUGCGUCUUUAUGAUCUGUCAAUAAAUUGUCAUUAUAUGUUUAUUUUGUGUGUAUAAUUGUACAUGGACUACUUUUUUAAUGUUUAUUUCUUGUCUUGCAUGUUCUUAAGUACCCACUGUGGUGUUUUCCCCAUUUCUAUAAGUCUUACUAAGAAAGGUGUGGUUGUUUAUUGAAUGCAGUUAUUGGUUUGUAACUCCUGCCUUCUCUCCAAAUGCUGCCUCUUUAUUUUUGCUGUUGGGUGGCCCCUGGUGGUUUUUCCCUGUGUAAAUGGAUUUAACACUGAAGGUAGUUACCCACAUAGACUAAAGCCACCUCACAGCGUUUCCUUGUGAAAUGAUGGUGGCUGGAUGAUCUGGAUUGAAGUUUACAGAGGGGAUCCCAGUACAUGUAUAGUUUGAGAUAAUCACAAUGAAAGUUGAAAUGGUGCUUGUUGUACCGAAAUAAUAUGCUGAUAAAUAAAACCGCUUUACAGUUA